AUUGAAAUCGGUCGGUUGUCUGCGUACAAAUCGUGUGUCGUUUGUUUUGACGUUUCUCGUUCUCGUACAAACACAAGCGCCUGAAGGCUGUAUAAAAUACAAGAACUUAACAAAACAAACAAAUUUAUUACGUUUUUGCCUGCAGCAAUUACACAUAUAUGUAUGCAAUUUGCAAUGCUCUCUCAAAUGGUACGUGACUCUGCCGCAACCUGAUUUCUUCAAGCGUGUGUGUGUGUGUCUGUUUGUUUACUUGCAAAGAAAUUGCACAAAGAAAAGUUCAAGUGAAAGCUCAACACCAAAAAAAUCAAAAACAAAACGAGAAAAUUAAGAAAAUACAACUGCAGUUUAAAUAACAAAAAAAGAAGAGAAAAGAAACAAUGGGUACGGGAUAUAAGCUGAAUCCAAGUGAAAUAAAUUGUCACAACAAGAUGUGCUACACAAAAGUGGCACCGAUUUUGGUGUUGCCAACCCUCCCACCUCCUCCCCCCAUCCGACCCGUGAUGACGUCGCCCGCCGUCAAAGGCAUUCGCCGCAAUUUGUUUGGCAGCUGCGGCGAUGGGGAAAUCGACAAAAUGCUCUCGACGCAACAGGAAAAGGAUGCGAACUAUUUGAAGCAGCGUUACAACAUCGAUCUAAAGAAAUUAGCGGAAAAUUGCAGUCCACAGAUCUCAACAUUUAGCAAGAACAAGACCGAUGGGGGAAAACCAAAUUUAACAGCUACAUCGCCAUAUGCGCGCAUCCCUGGCGUCAAAGGUAAUUUCCGUGUACGCAAAGCUCACAAUGCGAAUUCGAAUGUGCCAAAAUGUAUAGCUAAUAAUCUAAGUAGCGAAAUGGGGACAAAUGGGCAACAACUGAUGCAACAACUGCAAAAGGAGGAUGACAAUGAACGGCAAUAAUUGAUAUUUAUUAUACAUAUUUUUUUAUUUUAAUAAUUUAUGUUUUUUUAUAUGUGUAUAUUUUUGUUCAAAGAAAACCAAGACUUGACAGUCCAAAUUAUUGCUUAAGCUUUUGUUGCAAAGCACACACACACCCUCAAACACACAAAUACACACGCACACUAAAAAUGAAGGAAACAAAAGAAAACAAAAAAACACAAAAACAAAAAACAAUUGCGCCACGCGUGCA